GACUACAAGCACACAAGACGCACACAUCUCCAACAGUCUAACAGCCAAGCCGGAAUAUUCACGCGAUUUGCAACGUUUGGCAUCAGCUCAGUCUUGAUGUAGCGUUUAGCUCGUUUGAAAGUGCCGAUCUUGUUAUUCGGUAGAAUGCCGCUCGGAGAUGCAAAAAUCCUAUUUCUACUGUUAUCGAUCUUUGCCUCGGCAUUGGCAGUCCAAACCUAUAGAUAUCACUACGAGGAUUAUGACACCUUGAUGGGAACGUGCCGCGAGAAUGAAGUGUGCAACAUAGUCCAUCAUCGGUAUUGGAUGCCAAGUGCAGUGGAAAAGAUCUGCCGAUGUCCUUUGAAUACUCCUAGCUGUCCGGUGACCUAUACCCAGCAUGGUCAUAUCAUGAACAUCAACACGCGGACGCAGAUGAAGUUCUGUUCAUCGACGAGGCAUUUGGAACGAUGCAGAUCGAAUCAAAUCGCAUUGCAAAAGAAGACACUCUAUCAGAAGUACGGAAUCAAGAAUAUGUCGAUUGUGGUACAUUGCCAGUGCGAUAAUACACAGCAACAUUGGAUUUUCGUGAAUCAAACGGGAGAGGACAUCAACGACGAGCGACAUCAGUUGACAGUGGUGGACAAUUAUCGCUGCGUUGCCCUGGACCGCUGCAAACCGUACGAUUUCUGUGGAUACGCCCGUCCCGAUUACGGUUUCAUCUUUCACCGCUGCACCUGUCCGAUGUCCCACCAGUGCAAGUUUGAUUUGGACGAUUACGAAACGUCGGAAAUCAGUGAACUGUUCUACCGAGGACCGGCCUACCGGGCACGAUGCGUGCCGAUUUACGAUUACGAUUGGUGGUGAUUGAAUAUUAUAGCUAG